CUACUUUUUGGUUGGUCGACGCUACUGAAUCAGACGUCGGCGCUACUGAGUCAGACGUCGGAGCUACCGUCGGGUUGGUCGGCGCUACUGAAUCAGACGCCGGCGCUACUGAAUCCGACGCCGGUGCUACCGUCGGCGCUACUGUCGGCGCUACUGAGUUAGACGUCGGCGCUAUUGAAUCCGAUGUCAGGUUGGUCGGAGCUACCGUCUGGUUGGUCGACGCUACUGAAUCAGACGUCGGCGCUACCGUCGGGUUGGUCGGCGCUACUGAAUCGGACGUCAGGUUGGUCGGCGCUACCGUCUGGUUGGUCGACGCUACCGUCGGCGCUACUGAAUCAGACGUCUUGUUGGUCGGCGCUUCUAAAUUGGACGUGGGGCUGGUUGACGCUACCGUCGGGUUGGUCGGCGCUACUGAAUCCGACGUCAGGUUGGUCGGAGCUACCUUCCGGUUGGUCGACGCUACCGUCGGCGCUACCGUCUGGUUGGUCGACGCUACCGUCGGCGCUACUGAACCAGACGUCUUGUUGGUCGGCGCUUCUAAAUUGGACGUGGGGCUGGUUGGCGCUACCGUCGGGUUGGUCGGCGCUACUGAAUCCGACGUCAGGUUGGUCUGAGCUACCGUCUGGUUGGUCGACGCUACUGUCGGCGCUACCGUUUGGUUGGUCGACGCUACCGUCGGCGCUACUGAAUCAGACGUCUUGUUGGUCCGCGCUUCUAAAUUGGACGUGGGGCUGGUUGGCGCUACCGUCGGGUUGGUCGGCGCUAACGUCGUUUUGUUGGUCUGCGCUACGGUCGACGCCUCUAAAUCAAAGGCCGGCGUCGCACGGUCGUCUUGCGGAUGCUCGAGCGUCUCCAUGGACCCCCGAUCCUCUGUGUACGUUCCCUGACCAUCUCCGUGUACUGAUUCGCGAUCUCUGAGUUUGAUUGGCUCUACUAAAUAGGAACGCUCCUUUUCACUGCUUUGCGAAUUGGGCGCUUUCGUACCCUCUUCGCAGCCUUGGGUGUUGAUCUGUGCUUCUGAAUCGCAUGACGUCUGGUCGGUCGGCGCUUCUGACCCCAAUUCGGACGUCCUGGUUUUGAAGCAGCUCAUCGGCGGCGUUUCAAGUAGCAGACUCAGAGCGUACUCAGGACUAAUUAAUACAUACGCGCGUGGAUCACUUUAUAGUCCCUCGUUCUUUAGGAACAUCCGGUAGCUAUUUCCGCGCGCGCUGGAGACCUCUCUAUAAAAUAUGGUAAAGCUACGCGCAGUGUGACGAUUUUCUUCACAGCGGUUUUGGCGGAACACCGAUGGCCGAAGGCGCGUAUCACUCGCAACUCUCCGCUAGGUUGCAGCGAGUUGACAAACGCAUCCGCCAAAAAUUGGUGAAAUGGUUCGAUAACAGCAAUAAAGUACAAAUCUUUAUCACCGGGAAGACUGGGGUCGGCAAGUCCACCCUGAUCAACGGCCUUGUUGGGAAAAAAGUGGCUAAAGAAGGCGAAACUUUAGACCGAGAAACAUCCGUAGUAACUGCUCACAGAUGUAAUCACCAUUCUGUCGAUGUGACGGUGUGGGAUUCGCCCGGUUUGCAAGACGGCACCAACCAAGAGGGCGACUAUUUGGAAGACAUGAAGAAGAAAUGUUCCGAUGUGGAUCUAAGCAUCUACUGCGUGAGCUUGAAAGAAACACGAUUUUUCGAGAAUUGUCCAGAUAUUCUCGCGAUGAGGAAACUCACCAACUUGUUUGGGCAAAAAAUGUGGGAAAAUGCAAUGUUUGUCCUCACAUUCGCAAACCUUGCCGAAGAUUUGGACGCAAAAAUUCUUGAUGCAGACACCGAGGAGGAGAAAGUAGAGCUGUUCCAAGACAAAGUGAAGCUGUGGAAGGAAGUACUAACAGGUGCUCUCAUCAAAGAUGUUGGUGUGGAUAAAAAUGUUGCCGAUCGCAUCGAAGUUGUUCCAGCGGGACACGAAAGGUUUCCCGAGCUCCUGGACCGCCCCCACUGGCUUAGCCCCAUCUGGUUUGCUGCUCUGUACGCCAUGAACUCCCGCGCUCAGCCUGCAAUGAUCAAACUCAACUACAACCGCAUCGUUAGCAAACCUGGCGAAGUCCGUAGCGAGGACCUGAAGAAAUUCAUCGAUGAGCAACCGCUGAUAUUCGCGAAACGAGGAGAG